UUCCGAACAGUGUAGCAAAAUAGCAUUUCCAGUACUUUGUUUACGUCCUGUUGGUUAGCUGACAGCUGGUGUGGCUUGUUAGUUGCAAAAAGAAAAAUAAAGGAAGCAAGGGGGAAAAAAACAUUAGUGCGUUUCUCGUGCGGACGCCUUGACUUUAAGACUGAAAGCCACGAUAUCUGUGGAUGCUGGUCAUGGAAUGUUUUGUUGAGUGAGGGCGCCCCGCUUCGAUGCCGACAGGAGGAUGAGCUCCAUCACCGGUCGGGUUCUCGCCAUCGCCGCCGUCUCUGUUACCAACUCUGGAGCUUCAUCAUCCCGAUCCUUGCACGUCGAGCUCACAUCCCAGCAGAGACGAUUGCGUCAUCUCCGGAGUAUCGCCGCAAGAAACAUUGUCAAUAAGAAUGGCUCUCCUCUACUGGACACAUACUUCACCCUCCAUCUCUGUAUAGGAAAUCGCAUUUCUAGUGAUUUUUACAAGAGUGAAGUCAUACGUGACUCACUGAAUCCUACUUGGAGGAGUCUGGACUUUGGCAUGUUGCCGGACCUUCUGGACACCUCGGUGUCUUGCUUUGUGGUGAGGAUCUGGGGAGGACAGGAUGCACAGUACCAGCUCCUCAUAGAAUGGAAAGUUAAUCUCGAUGGCCUCCGGUACACAGGGCAGCAGAUUCGAUCCAGGAAUACAAAUGAGAUCAUAUUUGGGUUGAAUGAUGGCUACUACGUGGCUGACUUUGACCAUAAGGAUCAUUUGGAGCGCAAGAAAAAUAGUCUACUUCAGGUCGACCAGAGCUCAGUCAGAAAUUCCUACAGUGUUUUCUCCUUGCUCAGGCUCCACACAGCCCAAAGAGCCAUCAAACAGACCCAAGUGACAGUGCAAAAGAUCGGGAAGGAGAUUGAGGAGAAGCUGAGAACAACAGCAACAUGCACCGUGCGGAAAAAAGAGCGGGAGUGCAUGCAGCUGCGUUUAGCUGUGCUUCAUAGUGAACUGCAGCGGCAGAGGAAGGCUCUUGGCAGAGAAAUAGAUGUGCGGCAGAAGGACAUGGCACAGCUUCAGAAGAAAGGGGAAUUGUAUUCUGCUCAACAUCAAAGUCUGAAGGAGGAGAGAGAAUCCUUAACUAUGCUGCAUAAGGAAUGUACGGCCAAGAGAGAGCAGUUCCUGAAGUUCAAUGCCCAGCUCACCUUCCGCUGCCGCCAGCUUCUCUCUGAGCUUUCCUACAUUUAUCCCAUUGAUGUGGCAAAUCCGUCAGAUUAUGUUAUCUGCGGUGUAAAGCUGCCAAAUUCUGAAGACUUUCAAGCAAAGGAUGACGGAAGUGUGGCAGUUGCCCUGGGCUACACAGCACACUUGGUCCUGAUGAUCUCGUGCUUCCUGCAGAUCCCGCUUAGGUAUCCAGUCAUCCACAAGGGUUCACGCUCCUCCAUCAAAGACACCAUCACUGAUCGACUUACUGAGAAGGAGAGAGAAUUCCCUUUGUAUCCCCGAGGAGAGCGGUUUCAUUUUGAAUAUGGUGUCUACUUGCUCAACAAGAACAUUGCUCAGCUAAGAUAUCAACAUGGCUUGACGACCCCAGACCUGCAGCAAACACUACCCAACCUGAAGAACUUUCUGGAGCACGGCUUGCUUGUCCGAUGUGACCGACACCAUGUCUCCAGCUCCAUCCCAGUACCAGCCAAGUCUCACCUCGGCGUGCCUACCGCCUCAGAAGUCACCUACCCACCGCACACCAGCUCCCCAGACCGGGGCCUGAGGAAGAGAGCGAGUUCCGAGGCUGACAAGUACAAGACGAAACCUCCGCCCAGUUAUGGCACCGCCGUAGGGGAGGAGCCAGCCACCAUAGCCCAAACAAUGCAAUCAUCUCCGCCUAAACUCUUGUCUUCCUCCCUGGAUGCCAACAUGGCCUCACUUGACCUCACCGAGCCCACUGAAGCCAAAGAGGAGGGAAAACCGAUCGAGGAGGGUAGCGGUGCAGCCGCCGAGGUGGAGAUACACAACAGCACUGACAGAGAAUUGAAAGUCCACAAUGAUCAGACGGAGGAGCAAAAGCCUCGCAGCUCUUCUCCACUAGGGGGCACCGGUGAGGAUCCAGUGGCCGCAAGUCAGCAUGCAGGCGUCAUGAACGGCUCUCUGGUGCCAGGACCGGUAACGUGCUUGAUUCCAAGUCCCGGUCCGUGCUGCUCAGUGGAGCAAGCCGAGGAGAUCAUGGGGACCGAGGCUACCAACUUGGGCCUGGGAAUUGGUCUACGGGUGGGUUUAGAGCUCACGGAGGAGACCAGGAUGGAAGACUACCGCUGCAUCCCAGUGGACCAAGCGAUAGCUGUGGAAUGUGAUGAGCAGGUUCUGGGGGAGUUGGAUGUCGCUGGCUUUGAGGAGUUCUCCAGACGCAUCUGCGCCCUGAAUGAGAACAUGUCCAGCUUCCGACGACCUCGCAAAAACUCGGACAAGUGAGGCAGGUGACUGGAGGAGGAAGGCAGGCAUAAGAAAAAGAAAAAUUUGCACAAGGAUUUUGGUCACAAAUAAGGCAGGGAUGUGAAGUGAGAGGACAAUGAUGGAGCUAUUCUGGAAUAACGACCGAUUUGCACUUACUAUAAAAAAAUUCCAAUGCAUAUUUUAAAAUGAAAUGCAGUUACACGUGCAAGUAUCGGGACAGCUAGCCUUUUUUUUUUUUUUUUUUUUUGAGAGCUGGCAUUAAUAUAUUUUAACAAUGGAACCAAUAAUACUGAUCAUUCAAUCCAUUAUAUUCAUAAAAUAUUGGACCUCAGUAUGAACCAUAUCUUCUAUGAACGAGUGUUUUGUAUAAAAAGCACCAUUCACAUCUCGUUCACGAGAGACAUGCACUCAUCCAGUGAGCGAUAGCAGUUGCGAUCCUGAACAAUCGUUCACUGCAGAAACUCACAACAACCUACUUUUCAUACUAUCAUACCUCAGGUUUAACUUCCACCAAACAGGUUUUUGCACGCUUCACUGUUAUUACUCUUGAAUGGUCAAACCAUCGGCACAUACCCUGUUUUUGAUCUCACUCGUGGAAUUCAUUGUUAAUUGCAUCUUUGACCAAUUGUGGCAAAAAAAAAAAAAAAUGCAUAGCAUUGGGGCAACCAGCAAAGCAUUAUUCCACUCAUUACAACACUUGUAGGAAAUAGGAGUUAAGAACAUUCUGAAAGAGGUUCACCCAACCAAUUAUAUAUUAAAAAAAAAAAAUCACCAUUAUUUAUAGUUGAUCAAAAUAUUUAGUACAACACCCAUCCUUAGUGUCCACCCUACUACACUGCCAUCAUAAUUAUAGCAACGACAGAACAUGCUAAUGUUAAGAUGCUUGCCAAACCUUGCAUGGCAGCGGUGACGGGCGUGUGGGCAUUUGUAUGCGUGCAUGCUAGGUAGUUGUUCACAUAAACAGGCACACAAAUCACUGUCCCGCCAAUAAUCUUCAAACAAAAGGGAGGUCGUGACUGGAAUUAGCUUUCAUCCCCAUCCACAUGGCAACCUGCCCGCUGAUAACCUCCCCUGGACCAUCAUGAUUGUCUUUUUUUUUUUUUUUUUUUUUAAAUGUCAUUCUUCCCCAGUGUUGACAUUGAUAGUGAAAUACACUGAUUCGUAUUUAGUAGACAUUAAAUGUUGUGGUUCGACAUGUCUGUAAUCAGUUGGAGUAUCUCACUCGGGCUCAAUUGCAAGUGUGACAUUAAGUACCUGUAUCUCCAUUCAUUCAUCGAGGAUUUUCAUCUCAGUGAUCGGAAUACUUUCUUGCACUAGUAUGCAGAAAAAAAAAACACGUUUAUUUAUGUCCAACGAAUAUUUUGUAUUUUAUUUUUCAGAUCAACUAAAAGGUUUGUGUUCUAGCCCCUAAAUUAAAAAUACUGUAUGUUAUAAAUGAUAUCACAACCAAUGUGUUGGUCCUCAAUGUGGACAUUGGCAGUGUAAAGAUGUCCCACUGGCAGCCCACGUUUCAUUUCAGCUCCAGUUUUGUCCCAAUGGACGUUUAGGAGGUAUUGUGUGUAAAAUGACAAAAUGAACCAUGUUAAGAUAAUUUCCAUAGACUGCAAGGUGGUUCAGUAAGUAACCAUGUACAUAUACUUUUGUAUGGGUUUCUUUUUGUUAUUAAAGACUUGCAGUCCA